UAUCGAUGCGGCAAGACCCUGACACAUGGCACGGGCAUAUGCGACCGAAGUGGCGUGAUAAAGGAUCAUCUUCAUGGCAGGAAACCCGACGUGCUUUUCGAUUGUCUGUGUCUGUAACCCAUGACUAGAUGUACACGAAAAUCACUUCGCUACUGUAGCUCAGUGAAUAGAUGAAUUAGGCGUUUGUGUGGGUAGAUGAUGGGUAACGCCAGUGUUGACGUAAUCUGCAGAGAAACGCUGAUCUAGGAGAGAGUGAGCGCUCCCCCGCAACAACCCCAAACAAGAAUGAAGGAAUCCUCUGCAUUUCUUUUUCACCGCACAAAACGUGUAGUCAAGCGCGAGAGUCUGCAAAUACACUUAGCUACGCGGAUAUCACGCUGAAUGUGGCGUUGAAAUGUUUGUCUCUAGAUGCACUAUUCAUUAGCUGUUUUUUCGCAUUCUUUUUAACUGCCUGGCCAUACUGACUUGACCUGAACUAGUUAAAAUUUCCCAAUUGGAAAGAGCGAAGUCUGCACAGCAACAAGAGCCAUGAUUGCGUUGCGCACUGCCUGAGCAUCUACUGCGCCUCUGGUCCAAUUGCUGAUGCUUCCCGCCUGCAAAAUCUGCCACAGCCGUAGUAAUACCUUGACAACCGGACCCGGGCGAACCGAGAAACAUUUCUGACAACUCGACGGCGGGGAAUCUUUUUUCUAAAUCAAUGCCUUGUUGUUUUUUAUUGGACAGGUCCUCGGAUAUUCUUUCACCAAAGUUCUCACGCGGCAAUUAAAAAUGAAGUACUGGUGCGCUCAGGAGUCUUCAUCAUCAGGAUACGAUGGAGCUCUUGGAGGAGGACCUCACAUGCCCAAUAUGCUGCUGUCUUUUCGAGGAUCCGCGUGUCCUGCCGUGCUCUCACAGCUUCUGCAAGAAGUGUCUGGAGGGCAUCCUGGACGGUAACCGGAGCCCUGCUUGGAGACCACCGUUCAAAUGUCCGACCUGUCGAAAGGAGACCGUGCACAACGGCAUCGCGAGCUUGCAAGUCAAUUACUCCCUGCGUGGCAUCGUGGAGAAGUACAACAGGAUUCGAGUGAUGCCGACGAUGUCUCUCUGCCGAGUUCACAGCGGACAGCCGCUCAACAUCUUCUGCGCCACGGAUCUGAAGCUCAUCUGUGGCUUCUGCGCCACGACAGGUGAUCAUAAAGGACACACGUUUUGCGCCCUGGAGGAGGCGUAUGAACGCGAGAAGCUCGCGUUUGAGGAGUUGUUUCGUGUCGUGGAGGGCUGGAGGGGCGAGGAGGUGCAUUCGUGCCUGGAAUCGUUAGAAGGAGCGAAGAGGAAAGCACUGGAGAGGGUCUCGCGGGACGCGGAUCGAGUCUCAGAGUACUUUGAAAAAGUUUUAUGCACGCUGGAGCACAAACGGAGCGAGAUCCUCUCGGACUUUGAGACCCUGAAGCUCGCGGUCAUGCAGACCUUUGACCCUGAGAUCAACCAGCUCCGCUCGGCGCUCGAGGAGCAGCAGCGUGCGCUCAGCAUCGCCGAAUCCUUCCGGUCGCUCUCCGACCCGCUGACUUUCCUCCAGCAGAUGCAGGACUUCAGAGAAAAGCUGCGCGUCAUUCAGGGAACGCCGCUGCCGUCUCGGACGGACGUGGCCGUGGGGUUGCGUGGCCUGCAGAGCUUCGAUGUGAAGGAAUGGGACCGGAUGCGUCUUGGAGAGGUGGACAAGCUGUGUGCCCCUUACGAGAGCAGCACCUACCUGGCUUCGCUGCCCCCUGCCGCAGCUCCGCGCUACUCCCGGGUGCUGUGGAGAGUUGUUCUGGUUGUAUGUGCGUGUUUCACAGCGUUGAACUUUCUCCCGUCGGACUGUCUCGCUCUGAGCAUCCAGGAUAAGGUGGUCGCACUCAGUGGCCUUUCUCUGCCCUGUCCUGGAGAGAUUGUGCGCUGGCUUGGCUUCUGCUGGAAAGAAGCGGAAGCGAUCUGCACGCUAAUAACCGAGCUGUGUCGGAACUGUAUCUUGGACCUGAUAAACACAACAUCAGAUUUCCUCAGCUGAUUUUAUAACUCCAUUCAUUAGGUACUUUUUUAUGUCCUACAAUGUGCCAACCUAGAAAAUCCCGUGCAUUUGUAGCAUUGGGAAAAUUUGCUAUAUGAAUGUGUAACAAGAAUGUCCGAUUCAUACACACACACACACACACACACAGUCAGCAUGAUUGCUAGUAAAUUGCACUGAUUUUGUCUGUUGGGUUUAAAUGGAAAAUCGAGUGUGGAUCGAUCGUGGUUUACUAAUGGGAUGACAUUCCCAAAUCUUACAUUUAAUAAAAUGCCUUGUUCACUUAAGUUACAUAGAGCUUUAUACUUCAUCUUCAAACGUUCUUCUCGAAAACAAGUUUUCACUUUUUAAUAUCAUGCGUUAUUCCCGUUUUGGAAACGGCAGUAUAGGAAAUGAACUGGACAAAAAAACGCUAAAGAAGAGGAACACAUUCCGAUUGUGGAUUGAUAUCGUUUAUCUACUCUGUGCAAGUUAUCAGGAGACUCAAGGUUAAACGUUACGUAACUGAAUGUCAGUCUUGUACCAGGACAGUAAGUUGAGUUCUUCAGUAUUUUUAUUAUUAUUAUUUACUCCAAAUGAACUUGUAUACUGCUAUAUGUUUGUAUUGUUGUUGUUUUAAUACAUAUUGCGAUAAUAUACAUCAAAUGUUGGAAUACCAUUUGCCAUUAAGAGAAAGUGUUUUAAAUAUUAGUGCCACAACAAAACUUUAUCUGAACAUCAUCAUUGGCUAAUGUAAUAGAUUUGUGUUUUGAGGAGAAAUUGUUAAAUUGUUUAGCCUAUACAAAAAAAAAAUUCUAACCUCAUCAAUGUCUUGGUAAUGUUUACAGUUUCACCCAGGAGAGACAUGAGAUGUGCACCAUUAAACACAAAGUAAUGACUUUUUAGAGGAAAAAGAAAAGGAAAAGGUAUCCCCGAUUUUGGCACUGUUUAAAACAGGAGUCCUGAGAUUGGCGUGACGUCACCACCGGAGCCCUGCGCACGUCACUGAACAUAUAUUUAGCCGACUGUUGCCAGGCGAAUUGGGGGAUGAAAAGGGAAAUUGCCUACUUUAACCUACUUUAGAGAAUAAAACCUUACAUAACUUGGAGUAAAUUGAAUAACAACGAAUUUAUUAAUAAAUAUAAUUUUUUCUGAAGCCUACAGAACACAUUGCGACUAAUAGGAAGCUCACUUUGAAAUGGCGCCAUGUGUUAUGUAAUUCCAAUUCUUCGAUUUUCUCCCUUUUUAAACAAAUGUAACAUUGUGUCUUUAAAAUAACGACACGUAUCUUCACUCUACCACAGAUCUAUCUUACACCAGUAGCUUAGAACUCACUAUUAUUAUAAGAAAAAACAGCAAUCAUGUCAACACAC